AUGGCGGGUUCUUGGGACCAUUCAGCGGCGCGUGCCGGUGGAUUCGCCCUUGGUGGACUGCGAGGCGGAUUCGGCGGAUUAGGCGGAUUCGGCCUCCGAGGACUAGGAGCCGGCUACGGCUACGGCCUGAACGGCGGGUACGGCGGAUACAGCGGAUACGGCCUCAACGGCGGGUACGGCUUCAACGGCGGAUAUGCCCUUGGCGGACUGAGGGGCGGAUUCGGCGGAUUCGGCCUCCGAGGACUAGGAGCCGGCUACGGCUACGGCCUGAACGGCGGGUACGGGGGAUACGGCGGAUAUGGCCUCAACGGUGGAUACGGCGGAUACGGCUUCAACGGCGGAUACGCCCUUGGCGGACUGAGAGGCGGAUUCGGCGGAUUCGGUCUCCGCGGACUGGGAGCCGGGUACGGCCUCGGCGGUGGGUACCAGAAGCACUUCUCCGGAUACGGACUCGGCGGCGGACAGUUCGGUGGAUACAAGAAGCACUUCUCCGGAUACGGACUCGGCGGCGGACAGUUCGGUGGAUACAAGAAGCACUUCUCCAGCUACAGCUACGGACAUUGA